AUGAAAUAUUUGCUGGACUGUCCGACAGUUGGACAUCUUAUAUCGGAGUCGAGACUUGUGUUAGUGGCUGAUGGUGAUGAUGAUGGAUGCUGUUGUCCUGGAAUGAGGAUCAGUGACUUGGGAGGGGUACUCCUUGAAGCUGCGAAGCUGACGAGGUCCUGGUUCUGCCAGAAGCCAGAUCACGGCUUCUCCCAAAAGGUGGAUGAAGAAGAAGGCGGUGGCGGUGUCCCGUUACAUCCACCAGACGGAUUCUACUCCCACCAGCAUAGUAUACAUAGCGGACAUCAUGGACACCACGUGGAGCCAGACCGAGGUUAUAUGGAGGGGAACAGAUAUGUUACGGCUGUUCAUCGACCGAUGCCAGCUCUAAACCACUCGAACUCGUCAUGCUCUUCAGCAUCGAACGCAUCAGGCGCCGGGCUGUGCGCGGGAACCGAACCCACACCUCCGCUGUACAUCGCCGCGCCGCCAGAGGGUUUCGGGCACGCUGUGCAUACAAACAGUCGAUAUGAAAUGUCCCAAGAUCUACUUGACAAGCAAGUUGAGAUAUUAGAAAGACGUUACGGCGGUCUCAGAGCUAGAAGAGCAGCCGUCACUAUACAAAGAGCAUUUAGAAGAAGACAGUUAUUGAAGAAAUUCAGCGCCAUCACAGCUAUGGCUAAAGCAGCUGAUUCUAACGCCAGGAGAAUGCAAGAUGGUGACCAUUUACUGGUCAACGGUAACGAUAUCUACGCGAACGCUCACACACAGAAAAGUCCAGCCUCCGAUAAGGUUUUGGCCUUAACGAGACCCGUCAGAUCAAUGUCGCUGAGAGAAAGACACGACAUCGACCUAAACAACCACAUGCCGUGUGACCCUCAGAAUGAGGUUGAAGUAAUGAUGGCGAGGGUCCAGCAAUCAGCUCAUCAGAUACACAUGAUAGCAUCUGAAAUACCAACCAUGCAUAGAGAUGCUGACAGUGGGGUUUGCAGUUGUUCUGUGAGCGGUUCUGUCACCAAUAUAUCUACUUCAUCAUCACACAAUGAUUCUCUUCAUAAUCAUCAGCUGUUAAAUAAUACAGGCCCAGUUUACGGUAACUUGUUAUCGUCGGGCGGUAAACCACUGUCUUCCCCGACCGCUCGGCAGCAGCAGCAACUAGCAGCAAUACAAGCAGCUAACGCCAGGCGACACCCGCCUGAAGUGCCGAAACGUACUAGCAGCAUUACACUCAAUGCUGAGAGUCCGGUAUCUCUUCGUCGUGCUGAGUGCGGGGGCGCGGUGGUACGUGGUGGGUCGAUGUCUUCCGUACAAUCGUCAUCAUCUUCUUCGUCGCAGGAACAUCGUCACCACUACCACCAGCCUUACCAGCCGAGAGCACCGGAGCCACAUAUGCAUAUUCAGGAGCAACAGUUUCAACACGCUCGUACAGCAUCCGGGACGUUGUAUGAGGGAGAGAGAUAUGCUGUGUGGAAGAGACAGGAGGCUCCUCCGUACUAUGAGGCGCCCCCACCCGCUACAUGCUGCAGGCCACAACACGAUCACCAUCAACACACACACCAACAACCGUUGAAGGUAUCAGAAACGGUUCGUAAGCGUCAGUACCGAGUGGGUUUGAAUUUGUUCAAUAAGAAGCCGGAGCGUGGUAUCGCUUACCUCAUAUCUCGCGGGUUCUUAGAGAACUCCCCACGAGGCGUCGCACGAUUUCUCAUCACCAGGAAAGGACUUAGCAAACAGAUGAUCGGUGAAUACCUCGGGAACCUUCAGAGUCAAUUUAAUAUGGCUGUGUUAGAGUGUUUUGUUACCGAAUUGGAUUUAUCUGGUAUGGCGGUAGAUGUUGCUUUGAGGAGAUACCAGGCUCAUUUCCGCCUCCCUGGGGAAGCUCAGAAGAUAGAACGACUGGUAGAAGCCUUCGCUAGAAGAUACUGUGUGUGCAACCCGGACUUUGUUCAACGAUUGAGAACACAGGAUACGAUUUUCGUGCUAGCGUUUGCCAUAAUAAUGCUGAACACGGAUCUACACACACCGAAUCUAAAACCAGAAGCUCGUAUGUCGCUGGACGACUUUGUAAGGAAUCUGCGAGGUAUAGACGACUGUGGAGAUAUAGAUCGAGAUAUGCUGGCCGGGAUAUACGAUCGGGUGAAGGCCAGCGAAUUUAGACCCGGCAGUGAUCACGUCACACAGGUAAUGAAAGUACAAGCUACUAUAGUGGGUAAAAAGCCCCACUUGGCUUUACCUCACCGUCGUUUGGUUUGCUACUGUCGUUUGUAUGAAAUACCAGACAUACAUAAGAAGGAACGGCCGGGUGUACACCAGAGAGAGGUGUUCCUGUUCAACGAUCUUUUAGUCAUAACUAAGAUCUUCAGUAAGAAGAAGUCUUCCGUGACCUACACGUUCCGUCAGUCCUUCCCUCUCUGUGGGAUGAUCGUCAAUCUGUUCUCUGUGCCGCACUAUCCAUUCGGUAUCCGUCUCUCCCGUCGUGUGGACGGCCGUCGACUCGCAACCUUCAACGCCAGGAACGAACACGAUAGAUGCAAGUUCGCUGAAGAUUUGAGAGAGAGUGUAGCGGAGAUGGAUGAGAUGGAGGCGAUGAGGAUCGAGGGGGAACUGAACAGGGGCAAAGGAAGGGGGACGGGGAACACCGGGAGGAAUGUGAUGGAGAAUCGUGACAGCGGUGUGGCCGAUGUGGAAAUAGAUCACCAACAGUGUAUGGAGCACGUUCACGUACACGGCGUGGUGGUGCCCCCUCCCCCCUCUUGUCCCGCGCCCGCCGCCCCCUCCCGCCUCUCACAGAACCCCCCACCCACAAACAUAAUCAAGAGAAACGUUCUCAGCAACUCACUAGUCGAUAUCAACGAUCCAGUGGCGCUGGCAGCUGAGCGUCUACAACGUCGCGGCUCCGUGGGGUCUUUGGACAGUGGUAUGUCGGUCUCAUUCCAACACGGGAGUAGAACCGCUCUCGCUACCUCGCCACGACAUCCGCCGGACCAACGAUCGCCGGGUCGUCUGUUCAGCGGUAUUUUCCCCGGUCGACAACGCAAGCUGAGCGCUUCGGGUGUACCAGACACUAAGAGCCAAAUCGCCAAAAGCACUGAGGUCUAA